CUGUCCGGGUCAUCAUUAGUAUCCCUGUCACAGGGGCAUAUGGCCCUGGAGGCCUCGGACACCAACACUCUGCGGGGCUGUAAUUUUAACAUUAAACACUGAAGAGGUGAAGAGACUGUGAUCAACACUGUGGCUGGAAUCUCAACAGAAUGCAGCUGUGCAGAGCUGUUGGUUUGAGAUGAAAGAAAAUCCAGUUUGAGGAUGUGGACGACUUUUCUUUAUGGCGUCCCCUAAAGAGAUGAGACAUGAAAUAUGUCCGACUCAGUAAUCUGUGUUGUUAAACGCCUCCAUCACAGGAUCCAAGAAGGUUGGCUCCUGUCUGCUGCUGUUUGGGUUAAACUACAUCCUCCCUGGCUCUCUCGGCUCUCACCCCUCAGGAGGGUGCAUGUAAACACCAUGACACACUAGUUAUUAUCAAAUCAUUCCACUCUGUCCUCUGCGGACGUGAGAGGAAUAAGAAGAGGUUGUCGGCUUUAACGGUUCCCGGAAAGGCUAAUUUUUGGCUCUUGCUCAGUCAUAUAUAAAAAAACUGAACUUUUAUCCAAUUAACUGCACUUUGCUUAGGUUUCGGCAUUCAUGUGUGUUGUCACGCUCACAAAAUCCUUCACACUGAAUCUCCCUGUUCACAGCUAUUGUGCAUUUUCUCUUACAAGAUGAUGCUCUCAUGUUCACAUCCUAUUUAAUUGUCACGUUUGUUCCAUGUUACUGAGCACGGAGGCAGCAUAUUAUGUGGCUGAUCAUGAUCCACGUCUGGUUGUUGUGAUGGAGGCACGUUGACGUCAUCGACUGUGAGGUGGUUGGCUGAAGGAAACAAUACCCUGCAUGUCGGAGGAGGAGUGUCACCUCAGAGCGCAGGGGGAAUAACUGAGGCAAGGAGAGGAGAAAAUUUGAGGUCAGCUUAACGUGAAAGGAAAAAUGCACGAGAGGGGAAAACUGCACUGGAGGAGGGAUGAGCGCUUCAAUUGGCGUGCAGUGGAGGUGGGUUUGAUGGAACAACAGAGUCUGGGAGAAGAUGGGGAGAGAGGGAGGAUUAUAGAAAUGGGACGAUGUGAGAGAGAGAGAGAGAGAAAGAGAAAGACAGAGGAGACGGAUUAAAGCUUGGAAAAAUAGAUAGUGCCAGAGGGAAGUGUGAGAGGAUCAAUUUAGAGACGUUCUGCGGAGAGACAGUGUUGUCACUGAAUGGGCUGUCUCACUCAGCUCCCUCUCAGCUCAUUUUGCACCAACACAAUCCCAUGUGUGGCCAAACCCAGUCCACACACACACACACACACAUAUACACUCUAAAUACUAAGUGCUAUAUAUGGACCCCAGGAACACAUUAUGCCCAGCCAGGGUAUUGGUGGCCUGAGAGACGAGCAUGUUUCAUGGCACAUGUGAAGCACGGAUGCAGCUAUCGUCUCCGCGUGAAAGUCAUGGUCUCCGUCUCUUCAAGGUCAUGAGAAAUAAUGAAAUCUUAAAAAAUGGACCAAGAUAAUCAGAGCCAAUGUCCGACUCAAGACGAAAACCCAAAUGUAGGAGCAGAAGCUUCAACGACAAAAACAACAACAACUCCAGCUCCGGCAUCAAAUCCAGCGGCUCCACCCUCAGAUCUGCCUACCGGCCCGCCCCGGGCCCCGGCCCCGGCCGCUGCCCGCCCUCGGCGACCCCAGAGAAGUGCCAGAGUGGAGGGCUCUGUUGACAUCGCCGAGCCUAAAGCUGAGCCCAAAGCUGAACCCGCUCCCGAGGCUCAACAGGACGAGAGCACCCCUGACGGCGCUGUGCAGAGUCGCCCGAAACCCUUCCGCUCUGCAGCAGUCAAACCCUUAGGAGAGCGCAAAACUGGCCCCAAAGGCCCAGGGCACCACCCAGUCAGGGCCGUCUCUGUCCCCCACCCACCUGUGAGCAGGCCUGUGCCUCCUCACAUGAACCCUCAUGCACAGAGAGCCUUCUCUGUCGCAGGUACAGCUGACACUCAGGCCCAGACUCUGGAAGACUUCAGGGUGCACAUCAUCACUUGGAACGUGGGUUCGGCCACUCCACCUGAUGACAUCACCGCCUUGCUGGGGCUGAACGUGGGCGACGGAAACACAGACAUGUACAUUAUCGGGCUGCAGGAAGUGAACUCUAUGAUUAACAAAAGGCUGAAAGAUGUCCUCUUCACAGACCAGUGGAGCGAGGUCUGCAUGGAGAGACUCAGCCCCUUUGGUUAUGUGCUGGUGACCUCCCAGCGGAUGCAGGGAUUGCUACUGCUGGUCUUCGCCAAGUAUUUCCAUCUGCCGUUCCUCCGCGGCGUCCAGACCGAGACCACCCGCACUGGCCUGGGGGGAUACUGGGGGAAUAAAGGUGGAGUGAGCGCCCGCAUGUCAGUGUUCGGUCACACCAUCUGCUUCCUGAACUGCCACCUGCCGGCUCACAUGGAAAACUCUGAGCAGCGCAUGGAGGACUUCGAGAGCAUCCUGCAGCAGCAGCAGUUUGAGGGCCAGGCUGCCACCGGGGUUCUCGACCACGAUGUGGUGUUCUGGUUGGGAGAUCUCAAUUUCCGCAUUAAUGACCUGGAUAUGCAAGUGGUGAAAUCAGCCAUUGACAACAACAAGUAUUCCAUGCUGUUGGAAAAGGAUCAGCUGAACAUGGCCAAAGACAGUGAGACGGUGUUGGAGGGUUUCCAGGAGGGGCCGCUGAAAUUCCCUCCCACAUACAAGUUCGAUGUUGGAACAAACACAUACGACACAAGUGGAAAGAAACGCAAGCCGGCUUGGACUGAUCGGAUUCUGUGGCGUCUGAGAGCCACCGCGCCUGCCAUUGCCGCACCUGGCGAGGGGAAGCGCGCCUCCAUUUCAGGGCUGAGCAGCGGGGCCAAAGUGAUGCAGCACUGCUACCGAAGUCACAUGGAAUUCACCGUCAGCGACCACAAACCAGUCUCUUCCAUUUUUACUCUGCAGUUCCCUUACAAGGUGGAUGUUCCCCUGGUCACGCUCUUUGUGGAGGAUGAGUGGAAUUGCAUUGCUGAUGCAAUAGUCAAAUUCAAGCUGACGGCCAACUUCGCACGCAGCUCCUGGGACUGGAUCGGACUGUACAAGGUGGGUUUCAAACACCACAAGGACUAUGUGGGAUACGUGUGGGCCAAGCAAGAGGAGACUGAUUUCCAACGACAGGAACAACAGGUAACCUUUACCGAGGAGGAACUGCCCAAAGGCUCAGGGGAUUUUAUCAUAGGUUACUAUAGCAACAACAUGAGCACCAUUGUGGGUGUGACAGAACCAUUUCAGAUCCAGCUUCCCACUUCAGGCCUUGACGCCAGCUCUUCAGACAGCUCUGACUUCAGCUCAGAAGAAGACGGCACUGUCGUCCACAUGAAGACGAGGUCCCGCAGUCCCAGUCCACGCAAGGGCAAACACCGCCGGCAUCGCAGCGGCGCCCACAGCGGCGCCCACAGCCGCAGCCGCUCUGGCAGUCCUGCACAGGUCAAAGUGAAAGAGCGACACACCAAGAGUGGUCCAAAGUCCGGCACCAAAGCUGAGAGUGAGUCCGCAGGGCGUCCAGCAGAGGGCAGCAGCAGCCCGGCGUCCGCUCCUGCUGAGAAAGACCAAAACCCAGUGGAUUCAGGAGUGUGAUGCACCAGGUCCUUCUGUUGUCACAGGUCACAUAACCAACUGUUGUGUGUUUUAUUUGAUACAUCCACUUCGCCGUAUGUUUUCUGUCGUGAAAAUAUACAGUUUGUGAUGCCAUCCUUUUUCAGGAACGGCCCUCUGGCUCGUCCAGAAGGCUCACUUUGCCUUCAGUUGUUUUAUUAAGCUGUGCACAUAUUGUAUGUAUAUUUUUUUAUUUUUGAAACCUUUCACUUUGUUCUGUGUUUCUUGUAUCUUUGUCCGUUCUCAGGUGUGGACAGUACAGGGAGCUGACACCUUGCUUUAGGAACUACUCAAGGAGUUCUGGUUAUGUAAAAUAUAAGAGUGGUUACAUCAUACUCUUUAGAAACCUUCCUCCCUUUAUUUCAACAGUGGAUUUCAAUUCUGCACUUACCUUUGCAGUCAUGUCAGCAGGCUGCAAACAAGCAACAGAAGAUAAACAUAUUUGAUGCAGAGAUAACUCACGGAUAACUCAGUUUGCUUCAGUUGCAGAACAAAUAUUUUUAAGAAACAAAUCUGCUCAAACCCGAAAGGACCACAAAGAAAGAGGGAAAGAUCAGCAUCACCAAUCACUUGUAUUGUUAGUUUGUAUAAAUCUGCAUAUGGGCAUGCAGUUUGACUCUUGUGUAUAUUCACUAUUUUGGAAAUUCUGCAUGAUAUUACAUACGGGGAGCAUUACAAAUGAUCCACCAAUGGGAUAGAAGUGGCUCUGGCCUGUAUCUAAACAGAGGAGAGCCAAUGUAGGUGGAGAACGAGUCUCGGGGGCUCGGCCACCAGCCUCAGCAGCAGAUCACAUGUCAGCAUCCAGAGGGAGUGUGGGCGUAAGCGCCUUAAAGUGGAUGUGGUUUGGUGUGAGAAGCUCGCUGUCAGCUGACAGAACGGUGCUGUCUCGUCAGAAUCAGUUGAUAAAUUAUUGGCCACUAACUCUGCUGGGCCUGCUCCAGUGAUAAUUAUAGCAAUAUCUGCUCCAACAUGUAUUGCUUUUGACAACAAUACCUUUUCUGUGAGUUAGUGGGCCUCAUCCAAGGCAGGGAGGAGGUUAAGUUACUUUGUUUAGAUGAGUUUACCCACGACACCAAAAUCAUUUUAGUAGUUUUUUCUUUUGAUACCAUUUCGCAUAUUUAAUCAUAUUUUUGACUUUGUCUGUGAUGAUUUCAACAUGAGGAAGACUUGAUUUUCAAUCUGGAUGUCUCUGACAAAUGUGAACAUGAACUCUACUAUGUAGAGCUACCACAGGGCUUUGUAUUAUACUGUGAGUAGUAUAAUACAAAACUGACAUGUUCCACUAUCAUGAAAUAUCACAAGUUUAUGAAAUGGUCCUUACUUCUUUUACUUUUUGUAUAAUUUUGACUUUUUAGUUCUUCGUCUCUCUUGCUCAGAUCCUUUCUUAUGGAUCCUGGUGAUUAGCUGACAGCGACAACAGUCACAACAGUUGUGUUGAUAUGUUACCGUGUGACCUCUUAUACACCAUCGUAGACACUUCGUACCUUUGGGCUGUUAGCGUAGGACAGUGUUUACUGUUGUAGCUGUAACCUCAGUGUGUGUAUGUGUUUUUAUGGAUGUGCGUGUGCGUGUGCGCGUGUGUGUAGCCUUGGCAGUGAAUGGGGUGCGACUGUGUUGGCAUGGUUUGCUGCUGGACAUACUGUACAUUCCGGUACUGUGAUUUUUGUGCCGUAAAGUGCUGUUUUUGACUCCUCUUUGUUAUAAACGUGGCUGUGACACUUGUUAGAGAAACAUGUUAAGGACAGUAUAAACAUUUAACAUCAGUGUAAAUGUAGGUAAAAGAAAAUGCAGGAUAGUUAAUGCUCCCAUAAAUCUGAAGCUGUUUGAAUCAUUUCAUGGUGCAUUCAUGUAUUUUAUUAAUUUUGAAUAGGGAUAAUCUACGUUUGUUUAGAGUAAAGUUUUAAAAAGAUUAAGAUUGUAAGAACCUUGUCCUACUUAAGGUCAUUUAGAUAAGUAUGAUCAGUCCUGCAGCUCUGACCCGUGAUUAUAUAUUGUGAAACGUUUAUGAAAAAAAAGCUCUGUCAACAGAAUGUUAUUGUUAUGUAAUUAUGUGGCUAGAGGAAUAGAGGAAAACAUAUAUGAACAUAUGAAGUAUGGUAAAAAAAACAUUAUAUAGGAGACAAUCUAUGCCACAAAGUUUAUUUUUACUUAAAUUAUGUAUUUAUUUUCUUAUUUAACUGUUCAAUGAGCCUGAAUUCUGCUGGCCAGUGAGGGAGCAUUAUUUCAACGGAAAUGUCAAAAUGAUAUUACAAAAAUAUUGAUUAAUUUUGUAUUUGGAACUAUGAAGAGUUUAGAUCAAAUGUUGCUUUUAAUGUCUGAAAUGUAGAUUGUUAAGUCUACAGGUGUUUGUAUCGUGAAUACAUUUUUAAAAAAUACAGCAAGCGAGGUGUGAGGUAUCGAUUGUUGGCACAUGAGGAUGGUUCAUCUCUGUGAAAUCAUCUGAUCGGUGAGGAGGAUUUUUAAGGGUUGCUUGCUUUGUUCUUCAACCCCUGAAGUAGUGCAACACUGUCCAAAGAAAAAAUAUAUACUCCCCUUCAAA